AUGCUGGCAUGCAGGACAGUGGCGUUGCUGGCACCAGACCCCCACCUAGCGCCCGUCCGAUCCGUGUCCGGCUCCCUGGACAUCCCCCUGCUCCCCGCCCAGUCCGCCUCCGAAACCCUGAUCGAGUUCCGGGACGUGUACAAGUCGUUCGGGGACAAGCACAUCCUGCGCGGCGCUAGCUUCUGCGUGCGCCGCGGCGAGGCCGUGGGCAUCAUUGGCGGCUCCGGCACGGGCAAGAGCACCACCCUGCGCAUCGCCGCAGGCCUGCUGCAGCCCGACGCGGGGCAGGUGCUGGUGCGGGGGGUGGAGCGGGUGGGCCUGAUGGCCGACCAGCCCGACAGCGACGGCGCGCUGGUGAUGGGCCUGGUCUUCCAGUCGGCCGCCCUCUUCGACUCCCUCACCGUGGGCGAGAACGUGGGCUUCCUACUCCUGGAGCACAGCAAGCUGCCCAAGACGCGCAUCAAGAAGCUGGUGGCGGCGGCCCUGCGCAAGGUGGGCCUGCGGGGCGUGGAGAACCUGAUGCCCUCCGAGCUGUCCGGGGGGAUGAAGAAGCGCGUGGCGCUGGCGCGGGCCAUCAUCCGGGACGACCAGCACGCCCAGGCGGAGCAGCUCAUCAUGUACGACGAGCCGACGGCGGGGCUGGACCCCGUGGCCUCCACGGUGGUGGAGGACCUGAUCCGCGGCAUGCACACGCCAACGUCGGCGAGGUCGCGGGGGGGCAUCACCAGCUACAUGGUGGUGACGCACCAGCACAGCACCAUCCGGCGUGCAGUGGACCGCCUCAUCUUCCUGAAUGACGGCAAGGUGGUCUGGCAGGGCACAGUCAAGGAGUUUGAUGCCUGCGACGUGCCCAUCGUGCGCCAGUUCGCGUCAGGCAGCCUGGACGGGCCCAUCACAUAUGUCUGA